AACAAUCUGUCCACUUGAACUCCCGGAGAUUAUUUCCAAGAAGAUUGAACGUCGGAAGCUCGAAGUUGAUAGGGGCAACCGUACGUUGAACGUUCAUUGAGGCGUAUUAUUAUUUUUCUAUCAUUUCCAUCCUCUACGAUAUCAAGGUAAUAAUACUGAUCAUGGAGCCCAUCGCGGAGGUCAAUGAGAGUGACGAGAUGUACGGACUGGUGGACCACAUUUAUGAUGCUUUAAUUAAAUAAAUACCUUUUCGGGCGAGAACCCAGAAAAAUGUAAAACAAUUUGAUUAUGUUUUAUAUUUAAGCUUCCGUACUGUUUCAGCAAUACUCUGAAUUUAAUAUUUGAAAUUAUCAUUUAUGUUAAAGUUUAAAUUGGUUUUAAACUAUCCUUCAAAUUACCAUGCGUAUUUACCAUCAUGGUAACUACUCCGGCUCAAAUAAUCUAGGUUUCUUUUCUUUAGAGCAUGUGCACUUACAUUCAUCUCGCCAUUUGAAAGUUGAAACCUUUGUAGGUCGUUGCCAUCCCCUCUUCCUUAGCCAUCUUCUUGACCUUGAUGUCUCCAAAUUACAAGAUGUCUGUGAGUAUUUGCUUUCCACCUGUGCACCAGCAUUAUGUGUUAUGUCCUAAUCUACGCCGCUGCCCAUUGCUCGCCAAAGACGGAUAAGCCUCUUCAAUAUCUCUCUUUUUAUUACUUCGUACAUAUUAAUUAUAAAAUAAUAUUCAGAGGGUUAUUGUCCGUCUUUGGGCAUGUCUUUGUGAAUUGUUUGCCAGAAACCAUGGUGGGAACAAGGGUUUUGAAUGUUGUCACUGUGGCAAUGACUGGAUUUUGCAGGGAUAAAGAUAGUUGCAUCCAGGUAACAUGAAUGAUGAAUAAGGAACUAUCCUGGAGGGCAGCGAGGGCAGAGAGAUGGAUGGAUGCUGGCUGGAGGAGUAAUCUGCUUAAUAUUUAAGUUUGAAUUAUUUAUGUUUUUAAGGGCAAGAACCCAAAGUUGUAUUUUGAUUAAAUACUUAAAGGCUUC